UGUCAGCAUUUGUACAGGGAUACAAUCUGAAUAGGCCUUUUCAUCAUCAUCCGCAAAACCUUCCACAACAAGAGGCAAAAUGAGAGUCGAGAAAUGUUAUUUCUGUUCUUCACCGGUCUAUCCAGGCCACGGAAUACAGUUUGUAAGGAACGAUAGCAAGUUAUUCAGAUUCUGCCGCUCAAAAUGUCAUAAAGCAUUUAAGAUGAAGCGAAACCCAAGAAAAGUUAGAUGGACAAAAGCAUUUAGAAAAUCUGCAGGUAAAGAACUUGCUGUGGACCCAGCUUUUGAGUUUGAAAAGAAACGAAAUGUCCCAGUGACAUACAACAGGGAAACUUGGUCAAAAACUGUACAAGCAAUGCAAAGGAUAGAGGAAAUCAGAGCCAAGAGACAAAAACAAUUCAUCAAAAAUAGAUUCAGGGCUAACAAAGAACUGGCAAAGGAAGCAGAUAAGAAUGAAGUGAAGAAUAACAUCAACCUCAUUAAAAGUCCCCCAGCUCGCCCAGCACAGAAGAUUGUCUUGGCUCAGAAAAUCAAGUCUAUGGAAGCAAAAAUGGAAACUGACUAAAGAGAGAAUCUUUUGUAUAUAUAUAAUACUUUCAAACUGUAAGCAUCCAACUUUGUUUUGAACAAUGCCAAUUUUAGCCUCAGUUGCAAUUUUCUCUUGAAAAUGUAUUUGUAUUCUGAAAUUAACAGAUAAUGCAUGUUGGAAUUAAGCAAAGAAAUUGUUGUGGAAGA